AUGGUUGAGACGUGCCAUUGCCCUUCCAAGGAAGAGCAUGCAGUACAGAGGGAAAAACCGGUCUCCCCAAAAUCAGGUACAUUGAAGAGUCCACCUAAAGGCUUUGAUACGUCUGCAAUUAACAAAAGCUAUUACAAUGUGGUGCUACAAAAUAUAUUAGAAACGGAAAAUGAAUAUGCUAAGGAGCUACAAACAAUGCUUUCAAACUACCUGCGACCAUUACAAGCCAGUGAAAAGUUAAACUCCACCAAUACUUCAUACUUAAUGGGAAACCUGGAAGAAAUAAGUUCUUUCCAGCAAAUGCUUGUACAGUCUUUAGAAGAAUGCACCAAGUUGCCUGAAGCCCAGCAGAGGGUUGGAGGAUGUUUUCUAAAUUUGAUGCCACAAAUGAAAAGCUUAUACCUUGCAUACUGUGCCAACCAUCCAUCAGCAGUAAACGUUCUCACGGAACACAGUGAGGAGCUAGGAGAAUUCAUGGAGAUGAAAGGUGCCAACAGCCCUGGGAUCCUUGUACUGACCACGGGCCUCAGCAAACCCUUUAUGCGUCUGGAUAAAUACCCCACGUUACUCAAAGAACUUGAAAGGCACAUGGAGGAUUAUCACCCGGAUCGUCCAGAUAUUCAAAAAUCCAUGACUGCCUUCAAAAAUCUUUCUGCACAGUGUCAAGAAGUACGGAAACGGAAAGAACUUGAACUACAAAUACUGACGGAAGCUAUCCGUUGUUGGGAGGGAGAGGAUAUCAAAACACUUGGCAACGUGAUUUACAUGUCCCAGGUCAUGAUUCAGUGUGCUGGAAGUGAGGAAAAGAAUGAAAGGUACCUUCUUCUCUUCCCUAACAUUUUGCUGAUGUUGUCUGCCAGCCCGAGGAUGAGUGGGUUUAUCUAUCAGGGAAAACUGCCAACAACAGGGAUGACUAUCACAAAGCUAGAAGACAGUGAAAACCAUAAAAAUGCAUUUGAAAUAUCAG